ACGGGCCGGGACUUCCGGGGCCCAAGAUGGCGGCCGCCCGCUACCGGCGUUUCCUUAAGCUCUGUGAGGAAUGGCCAGUGGACGAGACCAAACGGGGCCGGGACUUGGGUGCUUACCUGCGGAAGCGGGUAGCACAGGCCUUUCGGGAGGGAGAGAACACCCAGGUCCAGGAUCCUGAGGCCUGUGACCAGAUGUAUGAGAGCUUAGCGAGACUCCAUUCCAACUACUACAAACACAAGUACCCUCGGCCCAGAGACACGAGCUUCAGUGGCCUGUCCCUGGAAGAAUACAAGCUGAUCCUGUCCACAGACACCUUGGAAGAGUUUAAGGACAUGAACAAAGGCAUGUGGAAGAAACUGCAGGAAAAGUUCGCCUCCCGGAGUCCCGAGGAGAAGUACAAGGCCUGGACUCAGCCCUUAUCUCGCCCACGCACCUAAGCACAGCCCAUAUGUUGCAUCGGAAAUAAAACUGCCCUGAUUUCCUCGUC